CCCCCCCGCGCCCGGGCUCCCGGUGCCCGUCUCUAGCGCGGCCGGAGCCAGCGAAAGAGCCGGAGCGAGCAGGAGGAGGAGGAGGAGGCCACGUAGCCGCCGCUCGGAGCCCGGCCGGAGCCUCCCAGGUACAUGGUUCGGGUCCGAGCUGUGGUGAUGGCCCGAGAUGACUCCAGUGGGGGCUGGCUGCCUGUGGGGGGCGGGGGCCUCAGCCAGGUGAGCGUUUGUCGGGUCCGAGGGGCCAGGCCCGAGGGGGGGGCCCGCCAGGGGCACUACGUCAUCCACGGGGAGCGCCUCCGGGACCAGAAAAUCACCUUGGAGUGUACCCUAAAGCCAGGCCUGGUUUACAACAAGGUGAACCCCAUCUUCCAUCACUGGAGCCUGGGGGACUGCAAGUUUGGGCUGACAUUUCAGAGUCCAGCGGAGGCUGAUGAGUUCCAGAAGAGCCUGCUGGCCGCACUGGCCGCCUUGGGCCGAGGCUCACUCACCCCCUCCUCCUCCUCCUCCUCUUCUUCUUCUACUUCCUCCUCCCCUUCCCAGGACACCGCAGAGACCCCCUGCCCUCUGACGUCACACAUAGACAGCGACUCCUCCUCCAGUCACAGUCACAGCCGCCAGGAGACGCCUCCCACCUCUGAGGCAGUGGCCCCCAUCAGCACCUUGGAGUCAACCUUAGGCUUUGGGCCGGCCACGCCCCCCCAGCGCCGAAGCUCUUCUGCGCAGAGUUUUCCUCCACUCCUCCCGUUCACUGGCAUCCCAGAAGCCUCGGAGCCCUUGGCCGGGGCAGGGAGCCCUGCCUGGGGAGGGCGUGGCUAUGAGGAUUACCGGCGCACUGGGCCACCCCCUCCCCUUGCCCUGUCCACCUGCGUUGUGCGCUUUGCCAAGACCGGAGCAUUGAGGGGCGCAGCGCUGGGGCCCCCUGUGGCACUCCCCACCCCUCUCACCGAGGCAGCACCCCCGGCACCCCCUGCUCGUCCACCCCCGGGCCCUAGCCCGGCCCCUGCACCAGCCAAGGCCUCCCCAGAGGUGGAAGAGGCUGCACGCUGUGUGCACUGCCGUGCGCUCUUCCACCGCCGUGCAGAUGGGCGCGGUGGCCGCUGCGCCGAGGCCCCGGACCCGGGCCGCCUGCUGGUGCACCGCCUUAGCUGCCUGUGGUGCGCCGAGAGCUUGCUCUACCACUGCCUGUCGGACGCCGAGGGCGACUUCUCGGACCCAUGCGCCUGCGAGCCUGGCCACCCACGCCCUGCUGCACGCUGGGCUGCACUGGCCGCGCUGUCCUUGGCGGUGCCCUGCCUCUGUUGCUACGCACCCCUGAGGGCCUGUCACUGGGUGGCAGCGAGGUGCGGCUGUGCCGGCUGCGGGGGUCGCCACGAGGAGGCAGCACGGUGAGGAUGGUCUGGUGGGUCCCCUAUUUUGGUCCAUUUUGGGCCAAGGACCCCAAAUGGAGGGUCCAGGACUCUGGAUUCUGUUUGGACAUACACACAAACCCCCAGAUCUAGGCACACCCAGAACUUGGAGCUUGAGUUUGGAUGGUGAGACCCCAGACCUGGAACCUGAACCCCAUAUCUAGGACUGAGAGAUCCCAGACUCAGCUUCACUGGGAUGUCUGUCCAAGAGGUUCUAGGCAUCCCGAGUUCUGACAUCCCACCCACCUUCCUCCCCUCCCCUCCAACCUUGACUGAGGCGAUGCCAGGCAUCCGCAGACUCUACACCUCAGGCAGGCCUGGGAGUACACGGGUCCCUGAGAGUCGCAGGGCCCUGAGCCCCUGACUCCCUGUUUAAAUGACCACCCCGGACUCCUCAUUCAUGCCUGGCACCACAAGCCCUCAGAUUACAGCACCAGAAAUUAGUCAGGAAUUGCCAAUGCCUGACCUUGCCUGUAUACAAUUACUCCCAGAUUUCUAGACCACAGGCCUAGAACUGUCACCAAAAGGCUCAUCAAGAACCUGGGGGACGCAUAUCUGAGAAGUUCUUGUGGCUCCAGGACCCCGAAAGACCAAACACUGUUAGGAUGACCUGAGUCCCUGGACUUGCUCAGAUUGAUGUUCUCUGACCAAAAUGACUUGGGAGACCCAGCUCAGAGCCCCUCCUGGCCCCCUUCACUUCAAGAUCCAGAUAUGACACUCCAAGAUGUUCUAGGAACCAGGGAUCAAACACCUGUAGGCCUACACACCCAUAACCAAUGUUCCCAGGAGUUUGAAAGCUUAUACAAAAUAGGACUCUGAGGUGCUUAGUGCCCUCCAAAUACAGGAUUGAAGCCCACCAGCACCUCAGACCCAAGAUACUGGUCCCAAGCCCUCAGACAGUCCUCUUCCAACUUCCCUUGGGCAUGGGUUAUGAGCCCCCAGAAUGUCCUGGAAUCUUUGGCUCUUUUUAUCUACAGAUCCCCAAUCCCAGCUCCCAGAGGAUGGCAAUUCAGACCUCUGACCCCUUAGCCCCUAGUCCCUGAGUGAUCCCCAAGGUGCUUUAGGAGCACUGGAUCCAAGACCCCCAAGGUGCCAUCGGUGCCCCACACUCCCCACCAAUUCAGGGUUCAACCCUGUACAAAAUCCAGAUUGUCCCUCAUCUAAGACCUUGGUCGCUAUGCCAGAUACAACUUUGAGACAGCCCUGGAGCCCAGCGCCUUCAGAUCCUAGAUCCAUAUGGAUGGAAAUUGCUCUUGCCUAGUGCUAAUUUCCAGGUCCAGCUUGUAUAAACCCUGAGAUCUUCUACUUCCCAAAUACAGCUGACCCUGGAAAGCCCCCAAGAACCCAGACUUUGAAGUUCUAUUUCCCCAACAUUGCACAGAUUACCCCUUUGUCUUAGAGGAAUAAACCCCUGUAUUCCAAAACUUCCUGAGAGCCCCCCAUCUUUUCCCUGCCCUCCUCCCACACUUAGAUACUCUGUAAUCCCCAAAUGCCAAUUCUGUUAACACUUUCUCCUUCCAGCUAGAGUUGGGUGUUGCUUUGGAGAGUGAAAGCCUAUCUCUGAGACCCCUCUUCUGGGGAAGUGAAAUGCCACAAUGUCCCUAGAUUAGAAAAAGACUUCCAGAGUAUCUCAGAUCUAGUGGCUUGUGUAGGGUAGGAGUUAAGUAAGGUCUUGGAGCAAGACAAGUCUCAGUGUAACAUGGCCUUGGGGCCUGCAUCUGGCCCCAGGCAUCUGGAAAUGUGUACUUACCUUUCUUCAUCACCCAGACUUGAAUGGCCCUGUGGGGGUUCAGUAGGCAGUUCUAGGGACCAAGGGAUAGAUUUUUUUUCUGUUACUUCCUUUAAAUUAUUAACUAUUUAUUACAUCGGAAACUUGUGAGAUUCAGCUCUCAACCAGACCCUGGGAUGGGUGAGAGACAAGGGGGGUGUCCCACUCCUCCCCACUCUGCCCAGCUCUCAUCACUGUCAGACCCACCAGAGCUGAGGGUGGAGGGACUGGGGGCAGCCUGGGUCCCCAUCCUCCUCUCUGUGCCUCGGUCUCCUCCCUUCCAUGGUGGGCGGGGGGGAAGCUCCAUUCUUAACCUACCUCGUUUUGGGGAGGGGUGGGACAGGGGACCAGAGUGCUGUAAGGUGCUGUGGAUGCUGUGGAUUCUGUGGAGGAAGUGGUGGGGCCCUGGCCCCCACCUCCCAGCACCACCUCUCCUGGGUCUCCCAGUCCUGCUCCCUGCUGAUACCCACCUCUGAUCCAUGAUUACUCUUCAUCAACCCCCAUAUUAGGGGUGCGUGGAGGGCAGACCCUGGGAGCCAGGAAGACCUCACACCCUGGAGCCCACCCCCCCCCCAGGCCUGAUUCCCCAGCUGCUUGCCCCUUGGAUUGGAUGCUUGGCUCUCUAGACUUGGGGGGAAGGCACCCCAACAUUUAUCUUCCUGAUCUCGACUCCAAGCCAGUCUGUGACCUCAAUAUUGUUAUCAUCUACACAGGCUGAAGUGACGGGGGCUGAAGACCGAGCUAUGUCAUGGGGGGGGAGGGAGGAAUGGGGGCACAAAAGAUCUGCUCCAAGAAAUGUCUGUGACAAAGUCUCAGCCUGUGUCUUUUAUUUGCAUGGCUGCGUUCACCUUCCAGACACCCCCCCACCCAACCUGGUGUUUUACCCCAGCUCUUCUUCAUCACAUCUUAUCCCAAGCAGCCUCCAUGGGGGUUUCAUACAUUCACUCAACAAACUACCCAAUCAUAUGCCACUUCCAGUUCUAGGUACUGGGUAACGUGUAUGCUGUACUGGAUGUGCCACCGCCUGGCCCCCUAGGCAAUGGGAAUAAGCAGUGAACAGGACAGAUGAACCCCUUUCGUCACAAGGAGCUUCUGAUAUCGAUAGUAAAAGAGACACAAGUAAGUGAGGUGUGAGCCAUGAUAUCUGCUCGAAAAGAAAAAGGAAAGGAGUGGAUUUACUGUUGUGGGUUUGAGCCAGGACUGGAGGCCUUGCUGAGGAGCUGGCAUUGGAGUUGAGCCCUGAUAGAGGUGAAGAGAUCCUGCCUGUAUCUGUGGCUGUCUUUAGGUUGAGGGGAUGAGCAGUAUGGGAUCUUGAGGAAAGGGCAUGGCUGGCAUGUCUAGAGGGAACAAGGCCCGGAGUAGGGUAGGGAGGUGAUAAGGCAGAUCUUACAAGAUAUUGAGUGGACUUUGGCAUUUAUUUUUACCAGAACACUGCUCAAUUUUGGCUUAUGUUGGUGCUGGGGAUUGAACCUAGGGCUGUUGGUACCUCAAGCUUGAAAGCCUUUUUGCAUACUUGUAUACUGUCUCUCCAGUCUACUUUUUUUUUAAUUUUUAAAAUAUUCCCUUUUGUUGCCCUUGUUGUUUUAUUGUUGUAGUUAUUAUUGAUGUCAUUGUUGUUGGAUAGGACAGAGAGAAAUGGAGAGAGGAGGGGAAGACAGAGAGGAGAGAAAGAUAGACACCUGCAGACCUGCUUCACUGCCUGUGAAGCGACUCCCCUGCAGGUGGGGAGCCGGGGGCUCAAACCAGGUUCCUUCUGCCGGUCCUUGCACUCUGUACCACCUGUGCUUAACCUGCUGCGCUACCACCCGACUCCCUGUUUUUUUGAUUUUUUAAAUGUUGUAUUUACUAAUGAGAGAGAUAGGAGGAGAGAGAAAGAGAACCAGAUAUUUCUCUGGCACAUGUGCUACUGGGGAUUAAACUCAGGACCUCAUGCUUGGCAGUCCAAUGCUUUAUCUACUGGACCACUACUGGUUAUUUUAAUUUUUAUUUACUUUAUUUUUAUUUUAUUUUUAUGCCUCCGGGGCUAUUGCUGGGGCUUGGUGCCUGCAAUCCACUGCUCCUGGAGACCAUUUUUUCCCCUUUUGUCGCCCUUGUUGUUUUAUUGUUGUAGUUAUUGUUGUCAUUGUUGUUGGAUAGGACAGAGAGAAAUGGAGAGAGGAGGGGAAGACAGAGAGGGGGAGAGAAAGAUAGACACCUGCAGACCUGCUUCACUGCCUGUGAAGCGACUACCCUGCAGGUGGGGAGCCGGGGGCUGGAAUCGGGAUCCUCACCUGGUCCUUGUGCUUCAAGCCAUACUUUAUUUUAUCAGAGCACUGCUCAGUUCUGGCUAAUGGUGGUGGAGGGAUUAAACUUGGGACAUUAGAGCCUCAGGCAUGAGAGAGGUUUUUUUUGUAUAAAUAAUCAACAAACUAUCCCCCUGGGCCCACUAGUGGUUAUUUUAUUUAUUUUACCAAAGCACUCUCAGCUCAGGCUUAUGGUCUCGAACCUGGGACUUCGGAGCCUCAGGCAUGAGAAUCUUGUGCAUAAACAUUAUGCUACCUAUCCCCAUUCCUGUUAUUUAUUUUUUUAGUAACCUAUUUAAAAUAUAUGUAUUUAUAAAAGAAUUUAUUUAUUCCCAAGAAAGAUAGGAGAGAGAGAAAGAACUAGACAUCAUGCUGGUACAUGUGCUAACAGGUAUUGAACUCAGCAUCUCAUGCUUGAGAAUCCAAUGCUUCAGACACUGCACCACCUCCCAGACCACUAUUUUUUUCUUUUCUUUUUUUUUUUUUUUUUUACCAGAACACUGCUCAGUUCUGGCUUAUGGUGGUGCUGGGGAUUGAACCUCAGACCUCAGAGCCUCAGGCUUGAAAGGCUCUUGCAUAACCUUUAUGCUUUCUCCCCAGCUCUCAUUUUUUUAAUUAUCUUUUUACUUAUUGGAUAGAAAUAGUCAGAAAUCAAGAGAGAUGGGGUAGAUAGAGAGGAAGAGAGACAGACACCUGCAGCACUGCUUCACCACUUGCAAAGCUUUCCCCCUAUAGGUGGAGAUUAGGGGCUCAAACCGGUGUCCUUGCACAUUGUAACAUGUGCAUUCAACUAGGUGCGCUACCACCCAGUCCCAUUUAUGUAUUUACUAAUGAGAGAGAGGGAGAAGAAAAAGAAAAAGAAAAAAAACAAAAAACAGUACCUCUAUGGCACAUAAAAUCCCAGGGAUCAAAUUUAGGACAUCACACUUGUGAGUCCAAUGCUUUAUCAUCUAUGCUACCCCCCUCAAGCGGCUAUGUAUUGAUUAUUUAUUUAUAAAUUAGAGAGAACCAGAGUGUGGCUCUAACACGUGCAGUACUGGGGAUCUAACAUGGGACUUCAUGUUCACAUGAAUGGUCAGGCAUUACCAGCUGUGCCACCUCCUGGGCCUCAGUCCUUGGUGUUUAACCUGAGUGAGAUGAAUGCUCCAAGCAUGGGAGGGAUGGAAAUGACUCCAUUGUGUGCAGAGACCCUCUGGCUGACAGUGGGUAACACAUAUUGGGUGAAGUACAGGGGGACAGGGAGGAGGCCACCUCCUAUGAUGACCCAGGAAGGAGACAAGGCUGCACAGGACUGGAGUGACAGAAAGGUGGCAGGGAGAAGAGGGCAGAUAGUGGAACUAUAUUGAAAGCAGCUUCUACAAAUUUAGAUGUACGAUUCCCUCUAAAGAGAGGAAUCCAAGCUUUGACUCCAAGGUGCUGGCCUGAGCAUUGAUUGAUUGAUUGACUGAUUGUGGUUCUGGGAUCUAACUCAGGACCUCAUGUGAUUCUGCUGCUCCUUGGCUGAGUUUGUCUUUCUACUAAUUCGGAUACAGAGAGAAAUGAGAGGGACCCAGUGGUGGCACACCUGAUUGAGUGCACAUGUUACAAUGCACAAGGACCCAGGUUCAAGUCCCCAGUCUCCAC